GCCUCUUUCCUCCCGUACCACAUGGAACCGUAGGACGACGGCACGACAAGACCAUCACGCUGCACCCGCGAAGCACCGAACAUAAUCGAACAGAAUUAAUUGAGAUUCACCAUGGCGAUCACGAAUCUAUCUGAAAUUACCGACGCCCAAAAGGAGGAGCUUGUUGCCUCUCUGGCAUGCCUUGUCAUUGGCGAAGGUGAAUUGACUUCCGAGUCUGUGCAAGCAGUUGCCACUGCCUCCGGAAACAGCGUUUCGGACUCUUUGGCUGCCCUCUUCGCUACCGUUGUUGGAAACUCCAAGGAUGGCAUGAAGACAUUCACACCUCCACCAGGCGGUGGCGGCGGCGGCGGGUACGUUUCAUGGCUAAAUAGGAAAAGAGAUGCCAUUUUUCGACUUUUGCAUGAUUUCGAUAGCUUUUGAGUUUCGGACAUGUUUUCUCACUCCAUCGCCUUUUUUCUUUCAUCUAAUUUUACUAUCGUCGUUUACAACCAUAUUACUUUAUACACAGCGGCGGCGGCGGCGGUGCAGCAGCUGCUGAAGAAGUCGUAGAAGAAGAGGAGGAAGAGGAAGAAGCCGAGGCACCUGCCGGAGGUGGUGGUCUCUUCGGAGAUGAUGGUGAUGGUGAUUAUUAAACAAUAGAUAGGGAAGUCUCGUCACCGAAACCGCUAGAUCAAACAAAACAAACAAGAAGUCAUUUAUAGUUAUGAAAUGCAUUCCAAAACCCCCAAACAAUCCACAUUUCAGUCUGGAGACCGGAAGAUCUAUCGUUUGAAUAUGUAUCAUAGAGAGAAAACAUCAGACGCAGAUCUGAAGUAUUAUGUUUUGAUGGAAGUAGUGCGACUAAACAAUCGUGGAAAAGCAGUCUAAGCUUAUUUAGGCGUACCACCUAGUCCUUGAGAUGAAUGGUGGCAGCGUCAGGACUGUGUAGUUUUCGUCCCCAUUGAAGUUGGAUAUUUAGUCACUUGUUGUUGUAUAUUUUGCAGUUGUAAUUGGCAUCUUCACAGUUUGGUUCAGGUUUUUUUUGACCCCGUUGAGAUCGAAUGCCUGACGACAUUUUCUCGAUGGCAAGCACAAGUCUCUCUGUUCGUACAUCUUUCUUAACCAGAACACAUCGUACCAUCCUGGCAUGAUGAGCGGUUGUCGUGGUAAGAGCAGAAUCAGUAAUGAAAGCAUACGUCUAUGGAUUGCAUCGAUGUUCAUAGUGGAAUCACGUGGUAGUAGCCUGUUGCGUAACUUCGUCUCCGUCAUCAUAUUGCUUGAAAUGAUAUGUUUGUCAGUGAAGCUCUUUACAUUGAAAGUCUGGUUUUGCCAACGAAAUCGAAACAGUACAAAAGACUAAGACAACCGAAUUCACUGUACAAAUUCACAUCGACUACAGUUUCUCUCUCUGGAAAAAAGAAGAUGAGUUACUAGUACAUUUUAUUUCCGCCCGCCCCUCUUGCCAAGUCGCUGUAGGCUUGUGCCUUUGCGGCACUGUUCCCACUUCCCUUGCCGUACAACUCUUCCAGCUCGGCCUGUUCUGCUUGCACAGCCAUCUGCUGCGAAUAUUCUUCGAAACUCACAUAUCCGUCUCCGUCGUGAUCGAAAUCCUCGAAUUUUGGGUAAUCCUUCUCCGUCAGUCCGGGAUAGUUGCUUAGGUAGUCCUUCACGUACAUGUUGAAUUCUGCCCGGCUGAUUCGAUCGUCGCUGUCCAAAUCAGGCUGUUUGAAUUCAUCGUAAUCCCGUUGCAGGGCUUCAAGCUCGGCCUUGGCCUCGGUAGAUUUCACCAACGCAGUUAGUUCUUCGAUUUGUUCCUGCAAUAAGUUGUUUUGAUCUCCGAGUUUGUAGACAUCGUUGUAAUAUUGGCUGUAAAGCUUCUUUUGUUCACUCUUGUGUUUGCGUUUCAACUCCUUUACGGCACGUCCACUAUGAAACCGUGCCCCCAUAAUCCACGAGGCAAUACCAGUGGCGACUAGCUUUCCUACCCCGCCGCCACCAGUCGCUGGUGAACUACGAACGUGUGCGAAAGAAAGAGGAUUGAGUGAGUUUCUUAUUACAUUGUUCAACAGAAACGAAGCAAUAAGGAGCGUGAUGUAUG